AAAAGCCUCCCGGGUCUCGCCUUUCCUCAUCUGUCUCGCCGAAAGUGAAUGAAUGGACGGGCCGCAGGGGUUAUUUUAACCUCCAUGUCGGCAUGUCACUGGCAUUUCAAGACUUGUUAAAACUCCCCGGCUGUUUCAUCCGUCUCACAGCUCGGGCUCCAGGACAAACCAACCUUGGUUGUCUUGUUGAGACGUUUCACUCUCUAACUAGUUACUCGAGCGAACACGCGAUUUGGCCCGAGAGCUCGACUUUCUUCCUUCUUCCUUCUUACUUACUUACCCCUUGACAUAUCCGAACCUUUAAGAGGAUCCGAAAUCAUCCAACAACAAGGAACAGUUCUCACAACUUGGCGAUAAUGGGCGUCAAAACCCGCUUGUCGCCCGCCAAUUGGGCGUGGGACAAGCUCUCGGAAUGGGAUCUGAGCCCCAGGCUCUGGAACACCAUCAGAGAGACCUGGUAUCUGGGGUUUACUUCGUUUGGGGGGCCGCCCGUGCAUUUCAAGAUUUUCCAUGACAAGUAUGUUACCAAGCUGCAUUGGAUCGACGAGGAGGUGUAUCAAGAGUUAUUCAGUGUGUGCCAGGCCUUCUCUGGGCCGGGCAGCACGAAGAUGCUGUAUUGCAUUAACCUGAUCCACGACGGGUUUUUGCCUGCCGUGUUGGGCUUCCUUAUUUGGAGUCUGCCCGCUGCGCUGGGAAUGUUCGGCCUCGCCAUCGGUAUCUCCAACGUCGGCGAGACGCUGCCACGCCCCGUAUAUGCAUUACUCUCGGGCCUGAACGCCGCCACCGUCGGCAUCAUCGCGCUCGCCGCGGUCCAGCUGGCACAGAAGGCCAUCACCGACAAGCUUACCCGGCUGCUGGUUUUCCUUGGAGCUGCCGCGGGGCUCUUGUACAACGCGCUCUGGUACUUCCCCGUGCUGAUGCUGAUCGCCGGCAUCAUCUCCGUGAUCCACGACUUCCGCUGGCUCCACGGCCCCGUCAAGUGGGUGGCCGCCCUGCCCCGAAAAGCCAUGGGCCGCAAGAAGGAGCGGGAGCCAGAACCCGAAGCCUCCCCAUCACAGGGCGACGAGGUCGAGCUCCAGCAACCAGCCCCCUCCUCCCGCGCAGCAUCCACCAAGUCCGCCCGCCAACGCCUCCCAACCCCCAGCACCGCCAACCAAGACGGCAACAACGAGGAGGCAGACGACGACGACAACGUCCGCACCGUCCCCCCCUCCCACGACCUCCACCAACAAACCACCCCCGACACACCCACAACAACAACCCAAACCUGGAAAACCGGCCUCCUCAUAAUCCUCCUCUUCCUCGCCUCCUUCGUCGCCGUCAUGGUGACGCGCGGCGUCAUCCCCUCCAACCCGCUCCUCUACCGCCUCUUCUCCAACCUCUACCUCGCGGGCACCAUCAUCUUCGGCGGCGGGCCCGUCGUCAUCCCCCUGCUCCGCGAAUACGUCGUCGCCGAGGGCUGGGUCUCGCCCCGCGACUUCCUCAUCGGCCUCGCCCUGAUCCAGGGGUUUCCCGGGCCGAACUUCAAUUUUGCUGUGUAUCUGGGUGCGUUGACGGCUGCCGGGAGGGGGUACUCGCCCGCGCUCGGGGCGGUGCUGGGGUAUGUGGGGAUUUAUGUGCCCGGGUUGGUGACGGUGCAUGGGACGGUCGGGGUUUGGGGCGCCAUUCGUGGGUGGCGGUGGGUGAGGAGCGCGCUGAGGGGGGUGAAUGCCGCGGCCGUGGGGCUGAUUUAUACGGCGGUGUAUCGGUUGUGGCAGAUUGGGUGGAUUGAUGAGGCGUUUGAGAGGGGGACCAGUCUGGCUGACGAUCCGUGGUGGGUGGUGGUGACGGCGUCGAGUUAUGUGGGCGGGUGCUGGUUUGGGGUCAGCCCGCCUGUGGCGUGUGUGCUGGGGGCUGCGCUGGGGUUGGUGAGGUAUGGUGUUGUUGGGUAAUUAUUUAGGGGGGUUGAGGUUGGGGGGUGUAAGAUUCUGUUUGGUGUUUGACUUCUAGUAGUUAUUUCGAGUGAGUUUGGCCUGGAUAGGUAGGUAGCUAGUU